AGAGUGAGAUGCGUUACCACCGAAAACCAACCAAUCCCCGCAGGUGGAAGAAUGUAUAAAAGGAAGCUCCAAGCUUGUUGAGCCUCAUUCACGAUCAGUUCGAUCCUGUGAUCAUUUCUAUUCAACAUGACUCCGGCGAAGUUUGGUGCCGUGGUUUUGCUCGCGUGCUUUGCGGUCGCUUUCGGCACCGACAUGGAUCAGGAUGCCAUGGAGACGAGACACAAGAAAAUGGGACAUCGCGCAGCUCCAGCGCAUUACGCUCCUCAACCUGCCUACGGUGCUCCUCAUCCACCUGCGUAUGGUGCUCAUCCACCCGCUUACGGUGCUGCCCCGUCUAAAGCCAAGGCCCCAAAAGCACCAAAAGCCCCAAAGGCACCCAAGCGUCCACAUCACGCUCCUGUUUAUGCUGCUCCGGCUCCUUAUGCGGCACCAGCGUAUGCCCCACCAGCGUAUGCCCCACCAGCGUAUGCCCCACCAGCGUAUGCCCCACCAGCGUAUGCCCCACCAGCUCCAGCGUAUGCUGCACCAGUUCAGCAUCGACCUGUUGUUUACGCAGCUCCUAAAGCCAAAACUCCAAAGGCCCCGAAAGCUCCUAAAGCCAAAGCCCAGCGCGCUCCAGCAUACCACCCGGCUCCACUGCCCUACCGACCACCAGCUCCAGCUCCAGUUCGACCAGUCUAUGCAGCUCCACCUAAAGCUAAAGCUCCUAAGGCACUGAAAUCCAAAGCUCAUCGUGCUCCUGUUUAUUCUGCCCCAAGGCCAGCUGCCUAUUCCGCCCCGAAAGCUAAAGCUCCCAAGUCCAAGGGACAUCCAGCACCAGCAUAUCGCCCUCAGCCGGUUUAUGGUGCCCAUCCACCAAUGAAGGCCCAUCAUAUGGUCGUGUACGCUCCUCCAGCAGCUUCAUCUUACUCAGCCCCAGCAGCUCCUUCUUAUCCAGCCCCUGCAGCUCCUUCCUAUCCAGCCCCUGCAGCUCCUUCCUAUCCAGCUCCGUCUUAUCCAGCUCCGUCUUAUCCAGCUCCAUCAGCUCCCUCUUAUCCAGCCCCGGCAGCUCCCUCUUAUCCAGCCCCAGCAGCACCAUCUUAUCCAGCUCCCGCUGCCCCUUCAUACGUUCCUCCUGCUGCCCCAUCUUAUGCAGUUCCCGAGCCCGUUUUUGUUCCAGAUCAUGCCCCUCAGCCAGCUUACGGCUCGUCACCAGCCCAAUGGGUUGAACCAGCUGUUUCUCAAUGGACUGCACCACCCGCUGCACCUCAAACUAGCUCAGCUCAGAGCUUGCUCGAUCUUCCUUGGCCGAAACCCCUUGGCUGGACUGACUCGAUGGCUCACAUGAUGAUGCCAAUGACUAACGAAGUUUUCGUUGAACCUGCACAACCUUCUUAUGGAUCUGCUCCAGUCCCCGUUCCGGAAGCCCCUUCCAUGUUAGAGAUGCCAUGGCCAGUACCCGUCUACGGUGUGGCUCCAGUUGAACCUGAAUUUGUCGUUGCACCAGCACCAGUAGAACCCGAAAUUAUCUUUGAAUCGGUUCCUGUUGAACCCGAAAUUGUCGUUGAACCGUAUGAGCCAGCUGAAGAACCUGCUGUCCCAAUUGCCGAACCGGCCCCAAUGGUCGUAGAGGUCCCCGAAGAAAUUGUGUUGAUUGCUGUACCGGAAGCACCAGCACCAGUAGAAGUUAUUUCUAUUGUCGAAACUGUUGUUGCAACAACGGAAGCCCCUCAACCUAUCGUAGAAGUUAUUUCUAUUGCCGAAGCCGUCACUCCAGAAGUCGUCCCCAUUGCCGAACCGGAAAUUAUUUUAGUCGAGCCUGUUGCCCCCGAAGUAGUUGAGCCCGCUCCGGAAGUUGUUGUCGUUGUCGACACCGUGACGGAAGCAGCUCCUGAAAUUGAAGUUGUCGCCGUUCCAGUUCCGGAAGUUGUCGAAGUGGUGCCAGAGGUCGCCCCAGUUGCCGAAAUUGCCGCUCCGGUUGAAGAAAUCGUUGAAGCAGUACCAGAGGUGGGCCUAGUUGUUGAAAUCGUAACAGAAGCAGCUCCUGAAAUUGCAGUUGUCGCCGUUCCGACACCGGAAGUUGUUGAGCCAGAAGUACCCGAAGUUGCCCCCGUUGCUGAAACUGUGACAGAAGCAGUCGUUGAAGUCGCAUCAGAAGCCGCACCGGUCGUCGAAAUCGUGUCGGAAGCAGCUGUUGUUGCCACUCCGGCACCAGAAGUUAUUGAGGUUGCUCCCGUUAUUGCCGAAGUUGCUCCUGUUGUUGCCGAAAUUGCUCCUGCUGUUUCCCCCGUCGAAGCGGAAGCUCCAUCUCUGGUAUACUUGCCUCCUGCACCAACUGUCUCUGCUCCUGAGCCAGAAGUGGCCAUUUCUAUAGCGUCCCCUGCCGCUGAAGAAGUUGCUGCUCCAGUUUUGGCUGUUGUUGAACCGGUCGAGGAAAUUGUCAGCACUGCCAAACCAGUUACUGAAGCAGCACCAGCAGUUUCACUGGUACCAGAACCAGUGGUCGAAGAAGUUGUUGAAAUCCAGAAACCAGUUGUUGAGGAGGUGAUCGUAUUACCCGAGUCAGUACCAGCUGUAGAAUUACCAUCGAUUGAAUAUCUUCCACCACUUCUGACUCCCACCGCACCUGCAGUCGCACCAGUUGUCGAAGAAGUUGUUUCCAUCGUUGAAGUGAAACCAGAGGUCAUCGAAGAAGUAGUCGUUGUUCCGGAAACGGAGCCUGUCGUCGAGCAAGUAGUCGUCGUCCCAGAACCGGAGGCUGUCGUCGAACAAGUCGUCGUAACCGAGAAGCCAGCACCAGUUAUCGAGUUGUCUCUUGAAUAUCUUCCUCCAGUCGUUUCCAUCGCCGAAGUGAAACCAGAAGUCGUCGUUGUUCCCGAAGUGAAACCAGAGAUCGUUGAAGAAGUCGUCGUCGUCGUUGAAGAAGUGAAACCAGAAGUCAUCGUCGAGGAAGUUGCUGUCGUCCCUGAAGUAAAGCCGGAACCAGUCGUAGCAGAGUUGCCAUCGCUCGAGUACCUCCCACCCGUUGAAGCGAAACCUGCCGCCAUCCCAGAGGUGGUAACUGCGGCCCCGCAAAUCUCUGCGCCAGCGACUACCGUACCGUCAAUCGCCAGUGUGGAGAUUCCUUCGCUAGAGUACCUCCCACCUCAAGCGAUCGCUGCCAGAAAAAUUCGGUUUGCGGCAUGGAGAACAAAUUAAAAACAAACAAAUAAACAAAAAAAAAAGAGCCACGGAUGUGACACUUUUAUUUUUCCAAUCAUAGAAUGCGUCGCCAUUACUCACAUACGCAGACCAUAAAUUAUUUUUUACUAUCACGUCUAAUUUUCUUUGUCGUGUUUUUAUUUUGUUCUUUUUUGUUUCAUGAAAAAGCACCUCCACCCUUUGGGUCUGCUUUUGCGACUCGCUCAAAAUUCACCGAAUAUACUGCACUUUCGCUCAA